AUGACGCGUUGGCUUCUCUUGUCUUCGUUAUUUCUGUUGGGAGGAGCAUCGGCCCACGGCGACUCCCAAGGCAACGGCUUCAAGUUCUUCGGCUACGAAACCUGGCCGGUGAAUUACCGUGACCUCUGCGACGGCAUCAUCAAAAACGAACAUCAUGAGAACUCCAGUUGGCCUCUUUUUCAGUCCAUAAAAAAUUCGGGUUGCAGGCCUUUACUGUGCUGUCUUUUUCAUGGACUACAGUUGGAUCAAAGUCGAAGUUCUCGACCUCGAAAUACCACUUGUCGUUUUUCGCGACCUUUUGGAGGAUUCCUCUGUAAAUACUAUGGUCGAAGUGAUCACCGCCGCCGAAUUGAAGAAACAGGUGAGAAAAAAAAAUCGAAUGGAUAAGAAAUCAUUCUAAUCAGAGUGUCGUUGGAGUCGUUAACUCGCCGUCAAGACAGGCCAACGGUUCCUGGUUCCGACGCAACGCCAACAAUGCCACGGAGGCAAUUUUUACCCGCGUCGACCGAGCCAUGCCAAACGUUGAAAUUAGAUCAUCAGAAGAUUUCUCGGUAAAAAUUUAGAGUUUUGAAAGCUCGAAAAAAAAACAAACUCAGUAAUUUGAAAAAACCUUCUUUAAGUUUUAUAUCUAUUGGUCACCUCAUGAAACAGUCUAGCUUCUCUAUGCUCUCUUCUCUACCACAGGCGUUGAAAAAUGAAAUUAAAUGUUAACACGAUAGCGGUGGCUGGGGAAAAGGGAGAAGUCAAGAAACAUUUUUUGAGGCAUGGUGAAAAAAAUGAAGCACUUUCCGAGCUCAAUUUCCAUUUCAAGGCAAGGAAGUGUUUCAGGCGCUUUCAUAUCACCCAGGAGGUCACUACUCUCCCCACCACGACUUCCUGACUUACUUCUCGGAUUCUGAGUACGACUACUGGAUGAAGAAUUUCGGAAACAGAUACGCCACCCUCAUCGUUGUCUUGCAACCCGCUGAGAAAGGAGGAGGUUUUUUUGGGAGAAAAAGGGUUGAAACUAUCAUAUCAACAUUCGAGGUACGGUGUUUCCUCAUACCAACACGACAGUUCGGCCUAACAAAGGCGACGCCUUUUUCUGGCUGAACAUGAACGAGUUCCAAGGAAUGGUUUGUGAAGAAUCCAUCAACGUUCUUCUGAACGUAUGGAUACAGAAAGACCGAUCGCUGCAUGGGGGCUGUCCAAUCUACGAAGGUCAGAAGCUUAUCUUGACCAUGUGGAUCCGGAUUCGUGAUCAGCCAUUGCUGCUUCAAUGCCGUCCUGAUGGAUCCCUCUCUCUCGACCUUUUGCUCAAGCCUUCUUAUUCCCAGCAGAGAAACUACUACGAAGUUGUCAGUUCUAAUUAUCAAAACCUAUUUAGUGAAUUUCCAAAGCACAGCGCCAUGGAGUAGACAAUACCUUCCUUUUUAACUUUUUAGCAAAAAGCCACAGCAAAAAGAUACAUUUUAGAAUAUUUUGAUCUGUGAACUGUGACACAUGUUAGAUGUGAGGUACGCGUAUUUAUAAAUUCUCGAUUUCUAGCUGUUCACUACGAUUUCUGUUUCAAAACUUCAAAAUUUUUAACUAGAAUUAUCGAAAUUAAAAUUUAACUUGAACGUAAAAAACUUUUUUUUUUCCAAAUUUUAGGACUUUGCACCAUCAAUUUUAAAUACUGAUCAGCGUAGAUUCCUCAUGUGCUCAUAGGACGAAAAAAAUUCGAUAUAUAUUAUUUUUGUCAAGUUUUUCUCUGAUACAUUUCUUCCCUAUUUCAACUUCUACAGCCGCGAGAGGAUUACAAGAGCCAGCCGGUCCAAUCGAAGUUGGAGAAGGUUAUCAAUUUCUUUCUCUUAGGCUUAAAAAAGGUCUUACUUUACUUUAUGAAUUAGGUUCUCGAGAUUUCCUUUUUACUUGUGAUUGUAAGUCUGUGAUUGUAAAUGCGUUUUUGUGAUGAAUAAAACGAUUUUGAAGUAUACCGUUUGGACAGCAGACCGUCGUGUCUUCCGUUUCGCCGAAAUGA